CCUCCGUGGGGAAGUGAAGCCCUGGGCGGUUUUGCUGGCUCAGCUUUUGCCAAGCUCGCUCGCCCGCUUCUCCUUCCCUUUUCCACCUGGAGCGAGGCGGAGAAGCGCGGCGCGUCCGGUCGGCUGUUUUGAGUCCAGUCCCCGUUGUCCCGCUCGGGUGGCGGCCCCACCUGAGUACGUGCGUCCUCCGGAGCGUCCGAAAACGCUUCUUGCGGCCAGGAAUUCUGCAGAAUCCUGAUGCUGCUCGUUCUGGCGCUGUCUUUGGCUCUCACAUACAAUGUUGUGCAUGGGAGCAUUUCCUGCUAUGACGACUCUGGGAAGGCCGUGGACUGGUUUAUUGUUUACAAGCUGCCAAAGGCCCAUCACAGCUCCCCAGUGGAAGGCAUGCGGUACAUGUAUCAAGACGGACGUACCCGGGGCUGGGUGCAAGGCAGGAGCUGGAUGAACAGUACUGAAGGAGCUGUAGGCAGAACACUGAAUCAGCUGUACCUGGAGGCAGCAAACAGGCAGAGGGAGGAAGAGAUGGCCUAUGUCCUGUACAACGAUGAGCCUCCAAAGGAGAAUUUCUCUGGUUCUAAGGGUCAUACAAAAGGGGUCAUCCUCCUGGACAGAACUCAAGGAUUCUGGCUUGUUCACAGCACACCUCGGUUUCCUCCCAGACUGGAAGAGAAGGCGUACGCAUGGCCCCACACUGCCUUGACUUACGGACAGAGCUUUCUGUGUGUCACCUACCCCUACAGCCAGUUCAAAGCCAUAGGGAAUCAGCUGCUCUUCACGGAGCCCCAUGUCUACGAUUACCAGGUCCAAGGGGCCUUUGCCCGGGAUCUGCCUGCCUUGUUGAAUGCUUCCGAGGGAAAACAUGUUCAGGAGGAGCCAUGGACCUCCCAGAUGACUCUGACAUCAAAAGGGGGCAAGGAAUUUGUCAGCUUUGCAAAAUUCCGUUCCUUUGAUGACGAUCUGUACUCCGGCUGGUUGGCCCAGGCUCUUGCUACCGACCUCUACGUUGAGUUCUGGCUGAAGUCUCAAGGGAUUUUGGCAUCCAACUGCUCUGGGCAGUACAAAAUCUACAAUGUGGAGAAACUGGCGUUCCAGCACCCAGCUACCACCUUCUUUUCCACAUCGGACCAUUCCAAGUGGUGUGUUGGAACAGAGAGUGACUCCGGGUGGGCCUGUGUUGGAGACAUGAACCGUAAUCUUGCAGAGGAACACCGCGGGGGUGGUACCGUCUGUUGCCGUGAUGUCACAAUUUGGAAAAGCUUUCACUCCUUGGUACAGAACUAUACCAACUGUGAUACAACAGGAUAUGGACUCUAAUGGGCCAAGAUUGUCUGUUAUGAAGGGAGCAGAAUUCGGUUAAUUGGGAAGGAGGACUAGGGAUGACUCAAAGGAAUAAUGGUUCCCCCCACCUGUCUUCUUCACAGCAUAUUAACUCCCUACAUAGCUCAUGCAGUGAGUUGUGCUGUUGCUUUGAUCUCCUUAUUUUUCAGAAAACGGUUCCUUUGUGUUCUGGACUGCUAUUUUUUCCCCUGUUACAUGGCAACAUUUCCAAGGGGUUACCUGAGCUAUAUGGGAAAAUACAGAAGGAAAUUCUUUUCCUGAAAUAGAAAAUGUAUAUGGCGUUUAUUUUGUAUAAUUUCCCAAAAUCUGAGUAUUCCAAGGAAAAUAUUUUUAUGUUGCAAAUUCUACGUGUAUGAGAGAAAUAGGCUGAUCUGAGAGGCUGAACCUCUCUGCCCGCUUCUAACGGGAACGCCUUUAACAAGGCCGCUGUAGCCUGUUUAAAUAUAGCAUCUCUCAAACCACAGCAGCCCCAAACUUAUUAACUUCCACACGUGUAUCAUAAUUCUGUAUAUUUACAGAAUACGUGGUCUACUAAAGUAACUCAGUUUGAAA